AUGGGACGUGCCGGAGCCAUGUGUGACGGUGGCGUCCUCAUGACCGCGCUUGUCCUGCUGCUGGCCGCUGUGGCUGUCUGGUGGGCCCUCGGCCGCUGGCAACCACGGAGGCGGCAGACAAGGACACCAAAGAGGCGCAAGCGCCCCGGGGUCCGGCCCAGAGGCUCACGGAGGAACCGAGGAGCCCCUGCGGCUCCCAGGCCCUCCAGGCCUCGGCCGACCCCUCGCCAGCGGCCAGGUGCUCCCGCCAGCCCCCUGGACGGCUCCUGCAGCUGCGGCCCCUGCGUGGCAGUGGCCCAACAGCUGCAGGAACUGAUGAGCUUGCUCUGGGCUCGCAAUGGGACAUCUGUGCCGCUCUACGAUGGGAUGUGGCAGGCCUUGUGGGAAGAACUGGAGGAGCUGGUGAAGCGAGGCCACCUGCCCUGCUGUGGCUCGCCCAGCUCCUUCAGGAGCCCCCAUCCCAUGAGGAGGCAGCUCCCAGGAAGCUUCUCCAUCCCUGGGAGAGCCUCAAGCCUUGCAAGGAUGGCACAGACACCCGCCAUCCCUGCAAGAAGCUCAGGCUGUCAGGGAACGUCCAUCCUGCCAGGAGCCUCGGCUAUCUCUGACAGCCUCCAUCCCUCAGAGAGGCUCAGUGAGACCUGUCAGCGUGCAGAAGGUGCAGAGCCCGUGGACAGGUCUCCCAGCUCCCUUGGACCCGUCGACGUCAACAAGACGGGCGCAACCCUGAGCGCUGACGUGGCCAGGGAAAGCCCGCGAGUCCAGGUGGGAGCCCAGCCCGAUGCAGGGGAGCCAUCUCAGGAGCAGGUGGCGGAGCAGCAAGUGUCCUGCAGCCGGCAGUUGCCGGCCCACAGCUCCCAGGACGCUGUGCCGGCGGGCAGCAGCCCGUGCCUGGUGGAGGAGGCCAUCCUCCAGAGACCUGGAGACCUCCAUCUCCAGGAAGCUGCUCUGACACAGCCACCGACUACCGGGAAGGCCCUAACAGAAGCUGCUCCUGGGACCCCCCUGUGCGACACCUCGGGCUGCAGCCCCGGCCGUCCAGAAGAGCAGAGUCCGGCCCAGGACGCCGGGGCCAGCGACGGUGCCGCCGCGCCCCGCUGCCCCGCGGCUCCUGCAGCCGCCUGUGCGUGCUGCCCCGGCCCAGCCCUGCCGCUCACCGGCCCGACGGCUGCAGGGCGGGGGCCGCUGCCCGGCGCGCAGCAGGAAGCAGGGCAAAAGAAGGAGCUGCAGGAGCUGUACCUGCUGGGCCCGCAGCUGGGGAGCGGUGGCUUCGGCACCGUUUUCUCGGGGACCCGCCUCUCGGACGGGAGCCCGGUGGCCAUCAAGCACGUGGCCCGGGAGAGCGUCCUGCAGUGGGACGAGCGGCCCGACGGCAGCCGUGUUCCAAUGGAGGUCGUGCUGAUGGAGAAGGUGGGCUCUGGCUGCCGCAGCAUCAUCCAGCUCCUGGACUGGUUCGAGCUGCCUGACAGCUUCGUGCUGGUGCUGGAGCGCCCGGAGCGGUCGCAGGAUCUCCUGCAGCUCCUGCAGGAGCAGGAGUUCCUGAGCGAGGAGGCGGCGCGCUGGCUUUUCUGCCAGGUGCUGGAGGCCGUGCGGCACUGCACCGCCUGCGGCGUCCUGCACCGGGACAUCAAGCCAGAGAACCUCCUCGUGGACCCGGAGAGCGGCGACCUGAAGCUCAUCGACUUCGGUUGCGGCACCUUCCUCCAGGAGCGGGCCUUCACUCAAUUUGCCGGAACACGCACGUACUGCCCACCCGAGUGGAUCUGCCAGGGCUGCUACCACGGCCAUGCGGCGACCAUCUGGUCCCUGGGGGUGCUGCUCUAUGUCAUGGUCUGCGGGUGCCUCCCCUUCGAGGACGACCGUGAGAUCCUGCUGGGGGAGCUUAUCUUCAGGCCGCAGGUCUCUCCAGAGUGCCGACAUCUGAUCCGCUGGUGUUUGGCCCAGCACCCCGCCGACCGGCCGCAGCUGGACGACAUCUUGCGCCACCCUUGGGUGUGGGCCGGCUGCCUUUGAUGCCUUGCUGGCGCCUCUGCAGCCCCCAGCUACCGAGUCCCACGCAGGACUGAGGGCCGGAAAAACAAAACAACCACCAACCCGUUG